AUGAAGGAAGCCUCCGGCGACGCGACUGAUUCUCGCGCCGAGCCGAGUCUCUUCUCCAAAGCACACGGCCUUUUUGGCCAAUCUCGCGACCAACCCGUCCUCCCUCGCUAUCGCGACCAGCCCGAUGUGACUAGCUCCUCCACGAAGACAUCCUCCGGUGCUCCUCAUGGCGCAGACGAAAAGGAACUGGCCGGUGCCGCGGUAACCAAUACCCGCUCCACCAUCGCCCAGGAGCCCGAACCGUCGGACGACUCCCCGGAAAGCUCCCCGCCCCAAGGCCCAAAGCCGACCCUGAUUCAGCGCUUCCUGCGCAACGUCAAGAACGUCCUCCUACACAGCUGGGUCAACCUGCUCCUCGUGUUCGUGCCCGUCGGCAUCAUUGUCGAGUACGUGCCGGGCAUCCACGGAGGCGUGGUCUUUGCCAUUAAUUGCAUUGCCAUCGUGCCGCUUGCCGGGUUGCUGAGCCAUGCGACCGAGUCGGUGGCUGUUAAGCUGGGGGACACGGUUGGAGCUUUGUUGAAUGUUACAUUUGGGAAUGCGGUUGAGUUGAUUAUUUUCAUUGCCCUUACAAAGGGACAAAUUCGCAUUGUGCAGGCAUCGCUUCUAGGCUCGAUCUUGUCCAACUUGUUGCUUAUCCUUGGCAUGUGUUUCUUCCUCGGAGGUCUGCGUUUCCGGGAACAGAUUUACAAUGCUACUGUCACUCAGAUGAGCGCUUGCCUGCUCAGUUUGAGCGUCAUCAGUCUCGUCCUGCCGACGGCCUUUCACGCGUCAUUCCGUGACCAGGACCUCGCGGACUCGGAAUCCCUCAAGAUCAGCCGCAUCUGCAGCAUCGUCCUACUCAUCGUGUAUCUAAUCUACCUCCUCUUCCAGCUUAAAUCCCACGCCUACAUGUACGAAUCCACGCCUCAGCACAUCGUCGAUGCCCAGUCCACCCCCGGCCCCGCAGCCGCUUGGCUGGACACGUCGAGUUCCGACGACAGCUCUUCCUCUUCGUCAUCCUCUUCCUCUGACGAGUCGGAUGGCUCGAGCCACACGGUUCGCAAGAAGAUGAAAAAGGUUCUUCGAAGGGCGCGUCGGCCGAGCUCGGGCUCUAGCUUAUCUGGUUCGGAUGGAACGGCAAACGGCAAGAAGGCAGUAGACGGCGAAGGCUUUGAGGGAUCGAGUUCGAAGCGCGCCAAGGCCAAGUCUAACGAUGGCAAUGAGAGCUACGACGAUGAUGAAGCGCCCAAGAGACGAAAGAGACAUAUUGGGAGGAGAAAACACCAUAGACAUCACAAACAUCACAAGAAGCAUGCGGCGCAUGAUGAAGCGGGCAAUGCUGCCGGGGACGCGUCCAACGAAGCUACUCCGGCAAUCGUCUUGGAUCAGGUGCCGGAUGCAGACGUUCGCCGAGUCGACUUUGCCAACCAGGACGAGGAAGUCCCUCCGCGCAGGGCCAGCGAGGGUGGUAACCCAUCUACGUCUAAUCCCGAGCCCCCGCGCCGCCCCUUUGCGAUCCGCGGAGUAUCUGUCAGGAACGUGCGCAAUCUCGCCCCUCCCGUCUUCGCGCAAAACCCCGACCCCAGUGAAAUUUCCCCUGGACCCGUUCCCGGACCCGUCCCACGCGUGCGCUACGGCAUCCGACGCACGAACUCUCUCCCCGACCGCCUCAACCAGCCCUAUCCCCCCCCGCACCGCGCGCCCGGCGCGCUUUUCCCACCCCACGUGCCCCUCAUGGCGCUCACGGGAGGCAACGCGGCCGAGUCCCUCCAGCACGAGGAAUACCCGCACGACCGGCUCUCGACGCCCGCAGCCGUCGUCCUCCUCCUCAUCUCAACGGGCCUCGUAGCCCUCUGCGCCGAAUACGUCGUCGGCUCCAUCGAGGAAGUAGUCCAAGCCGACGGCCUCCGCGAAGCCUUCAUCGGCCUCAUCAUCCUCCCCGUCGUCGGCAACGCGGCCGAACACGUAACAGCCAUCACGGUGGCGAUGAAGAACAAGAUGGACCUGGCGAUCGGCGUGGCCGUGGGCAGCUCGAUCCAGAUCGCGCUGUUCGUCACCCCCUUGGUGGUGAUCCUGGGGUGGAUCCUCGACAAGGAGAUGACGCUUUAUUUCACGCUCUUCGAGACGAAGCAACUAGACGCUCGCCUCGGAGAUCAAUGGAAUACCUCGGAUAAUCAGUUCAUCCUUCUCACAUCCACAUCGUACGAAGCAAUCCUUCGCGGAGCCGAUAAUAUCAAGGAGCCCAGACUAGCAUGCUUUGAGGAUACUUCAGAUGCAGCCAAGAACAUCUGUGGCUUGCGCUUGUACCAAACAAGUUGGCGUCGACCAGGAACUGGAGAAACCCGCCUCACGUGUGGCAUGCACUAA